GCAAAAUCUGGAAUCUUCUACGAGCUCUGGAAACUCAUGGAUCCUUCCAGGAGUUUCCCUAAAAGCGGUGCCGUCGCUAUGGAAAAGGUGUUGACAGAUGACAUUGUGUACAUGACAGCAAACCUCAACUCCAAAAUCAGGACAAGUCAGAGAGGAAGGCGGCGAUUCCAUCUUAGCAAGGAGAAGUUUGUCCUUCAAGGAUUAGGAGUUGCCUGCAGAACGGGCGCUCCUUUUAUUCAGAAAUUUAAUGAGGUACUCCUGAAGAUAAACCAAGGCGGCUUGGUUGACAAGUGGAUCAAUGAUGCCCUGAGGAAGCUGUCAGGGGCAUCGGGGUCUGAGGGAAACACAGGGGUGAGAGAAAGUCUGGCACUCACUCUAAAUCACUUGCAGGCCGCAUUUUUUAUUCUGUUUGGUGGCAGUAUACUGGCAGGUGUUACCCUCAUCUUGGAGAUCUUGGCGUCCACUUCAUGUACCAAGAGCAGUGAAAAAGGGAUUUAAUUCUUUGCUGUUACGCCAUGAAGUAUACUAAAUUUUCCACUCGGACUUCGCUGUUGCUUUAUUUUCUCAUCUUGUG